AGAUUCAAACAAUAAACAAACAAUAAUUUUUGAAUUUUAAAAUGACCGAAAAUUUACUUUUAGACGAUAGAACAAUGCUUAUGUUUAUUGAGAAGGAGAGGCUUAAGACGUUUAAAGGAUGGCCAAAUGAUAGUUCUUGGCACUGUACUCCAGAAAAGCUUGCACAAGCUGGAUUUUACUUCAGCCCAUGUUCUGAUUGUCCUGACAAUGUGUGCUGCAUAUUCUGCCUGAAAGAAUUAGAUGGGUGGGAGCCAGAUGAUGAUCCAGUCAAAGAACACACAAAGCAUUCACCCAAAUGUCCCUUUUUGACUCUGAAGAAGCCAGUUGAAAAUCUUACUACCACUGAAUUUGUAAAAUUAGCCAUGGAAAUAUUGAUGAUAAAGAUCGAGAAAAUUUUUGACAAAAAUAUCAAGGAGUUUGAAGAGCAAGGCAAGGUGAACAGAAGUGCAAUAACAGAUCACAUAAAUGGAAACUAAUGUAAAGAACAUGACUCACACUUGUAUAUACUUGCCUUUGUUCCUAAUGCAUUUUAAAAAUAAA